CACUGAGCGUGUGUCCCAGAGUAAGAGUGUGAAAGUGCAGGGUCCCAGUCUCGGUACGGUGCUGAUCUGAACCAAGCAGGGAGGGGUUCAGGGAUUACAUUAGGGUCCAUCGCCACAGCAACCGCCUGACAACAUCCAGGUGAAAACCAGUGUUCUGCUUACAGGACUUCCCUGAACAAAAUGUCCAAACAGCCUUCUUCCAAUGUUAAAGCCCUACAGGCUAACUUAAAUAUCCCGAUGGGGGCACUUCGCCCUGGAGCUGGGAAUCCUGUCAGGAGGAAAGAGGAGACAAUGGAUCAGGAGGAGGCCUCGCCCCAGUCCUUGCCCGUGUCUUCUGAGGAGAAAAAGCAGCUACCCGGUGCCAUAAAGCUGCCAGGUCCGGCUGUCAACCUGUCUGAAAUCCAGAAUGUGAGGAGCGAACUCAGAUGGGUCACAAAGGACUAGAUCACAGAUUCAAGCUUGCCACACUCCCACAAAUACAUAUAUGCACAUAUCAAACCCAUUCUGGAACUACAAAACCACUGAUAUCACUGAUGUAUGGCUCAGCCCUCUUCAGAAGAUCACAUGGACGGGGGCAAGGCUUCACAUCUUAUGUCACAGACUGAAUAAAAAUAACCAAGAACAGACACACCACCUUUUUGAGAACUCAGAAGACCACCCCAGCUGGAACAGGCCUUGUCUUUUACCUUUCUCUUUUCAUUUUCCAUCCAGAAUUUUUCCUUUCUAUUUUCAUGAUGUCUUCCUGGUCAGUGAUCCCCUAUCUGCCAGCUGUUGCCAUAGUAACUGUGAUAUUCUCUUCACUGCUGUGGAAUUUUAAACUGAUUAUAAAUGUACUGUGCUGACAUAUGGAAUAUCUCCAGUUACAUGUUGGGAAAACAAUCUGGUGUGUUAUUAUAAUGGAAAAAUAUGUAGUGUUCACUAAAAUGGACAUACGAAUAACCUAUCCCAACACUUGCAUGACUGUUACAGUUUCUUCUUAGAUGUUUGCACACAUUUCUUGAAACAACAUCUGAUGAUGUCAAAACAGCUAAUACAGUACUCCAUUAACACCACUCAAAACCUCAAAAAUAUUACCCAAACUAUCAGUUAUCAAAAGCAAAUGUUUCCAUUAAAACAAUACACAAAGAAAUUAAUUGCACGGAGCUGCUCUAAAUUAACAACACUUGUUGAAAUUAUGCUUGUUCUUGCCUCUGUCAGUAACUUGAGACCAAGUUAUUAAUAUGUUUACUUUAACAGAAGUAAAAAAGAUCUGUCCAUUGUAGAAAUAUUUUUGCCCAUAAAUUUGCUAUUGCUGUUGUGUGUCUCUUCUUUUGACAUAAAGUAGUCUCACAAAUGUCUCUGUAUCAAUAUUUUCAUCAAGACUAUCCCUAAGGGUUGCUGGAAGGAUCAUCCUGUUAAGAUAGUGGUGUGAAUUCUAGUGCUUGUAUUGAAUCCAGACAGUGCCAGUACUGACUUUAGCCAGCAGCACUACAGAGUGACACAUAAUUGGCUCCCGCUUUGCCCAAGGAAAGGAGAGUUCUCAGUCAGCCUGGAAGACAGAGUCUCAUCACACACUAGGGCCCCCCGCUGAUUGACUGGGCAUCUGCAGUUUGCCUGUUGAGCUGAACAUGACCUGUCUCUGUGCAAGCCAAACUUGUCAAAUGCAGAAUGAUAAGAAGUAGCUGCUGACAUCAAGGGCCUCAUUUAUAAAAAAAAUUAUUGGAUUUAAAAUUAAAUGCAACCUUAAGUUUA